AUGCAUCCAGAUGCUGCCGUGACCUCGGAAGCACUGACAUUCAGCCAUGUGGCUGUGAAGUUCACUGGGGAAGAAUGGGAGCUUCUGGACUCUGGUCAGAAGGCCCUGUACCAGGAUGUGAUGUUGGAGAACUACAGAAACCUGGUGUCCGUUGUUAGUGAGUAUCAUCGCUCAACUCCUAACAGAUAA